GCGAUUCUCGGCCUUUUGACUCUUCCUCGCUUGCAACUGAAACUCUCCUGUUUCUCUCUGGUCUCUCGCCCUUUUACUCUCCAACAAGGUUUUAAUUUUGCUUCGAAAAUAUCGUUUCUUUACAGAUUCUUCUCUCUUUUAAAAAAAAUCCCAUCUUUUAUGUUAAAGUUUUGAUUAUGAGUCCGGCGAGUUCGUUCCGAGUGAAAUACACAGAGCGAAGAACAGUUACUAAGAAGCUAGUAAAGCCAUCAAGCAAGUGGUUUUCCAUGAAGUCUAAAGCUAAAGCCCCUAGAAUUGUCAGGAUUUGUGUUACCGAUGGUGAUGCCACGGAUUCUUCUAGCGACGAAAGCGAACAGGAGAGACGUCAGAGAGUGAAAAGGCAUAUAAAGGAAAUCAGGAUCGAAGAUUGUUCCACAUUCAAUUUUAACAAGCCAGCAAACAAGCAAAACAAGCAAGCGAAUAGGAAGAGCAAUCCUGUAAAUAUCAGAUCAAAGAAGCAACAACAUCACUGUUUGUCUAACGGUGUGAAGUACCGUGGGGUUCGACAAAGGCCAUGGGGAAGAUGGGCGUCAGAGAUCAGAGACCCUAAUAGUCGAACCAGGGUCUGGCUUGGGACUUAUGACACUGCUGAAGAAGCUGCCUUGGUUUACGACAGAGCCGCGAUUCGAAUCAAAGGCCCUGACGCUCUUACAAACUUUGUAAAGCCUCCUGUGAGACCUUCACCACCAGGGAUUGAACUUGAAAUGAUUUCCGGGUAUGAUUCUGGCCAAGAAUCUCAGUCUCUCUGUUCACCUACUUCUGUUCUCAGAUUUCAGUCCAACGAGGAAGCUGAACUUCAAACCGAGUCCAAAGGUGACUCUUUGGAGCUUAUAGAAAGUGGGUGGAGACCUGUUCAGGAACUCCCAGAAGAACCAAGUAACUUAUCAGAUGAGUAUUUAUUAACAGAUCCGGUGGUUUUAUGUGAUUACUUUGAUUCUGAUGACCCUGCGCCAACAUUUUUUGAUGAAAUGAGGUUACCAGAAGACAGCAAUUUGGAACAGGAUUUUGCUGAUAUUUCUGUUGAAUUAGAUGUUGAUUUUGCUUCUUGUACGUGGGAUGUCGAUAAUUACUAUUAAAAUCAGUGAAAUUCUGCCUGAAACAGUUUGCUGGAGUUGCUGUCCUGGAGUGUUCAUAUGCUCCCCAAUUUGCUGGUAAAUACUUUGUCGUGCGUAUUCUAUGUGAAUGUGAUGUUAAAUUCCGAGUGGAAUUUUGGAUACGUUUUUCCGGUUUUUCACUUCCUCUCUAGGUCUGUUUCUCUAAUACUAAAGUGUGUAAAGACAUAGUAAAUAUGUAAAUUCUUGGUUCUUUCAAGGGGUUCUUUUUCUUAGAUGUCUUCUCUUCCUUUUGUGAAUUGAGUAAGGUUCGGUUUGCGUUUCAUUUGGCGUGGUUGUUGUGUGUGUGUGCUUGGAAGUGUGGUUUUGCGGUUAUGGCUUUUGUUCAA